CAUAAAACAUGGCCGAAAUACAUGAUCAGUUUGAUACCAUCCUUAUUCUUGACUUCGGUUCUCUCAUGACAAGGAGAUGUUGCGAGUUGAACGUAUGCUCAGAGCUUAUGCCGUGUACACCAACGCUAACAAAUCUAAAGUUCAAGCUUAAAGGUUCGCUCAUUCUUGUUUUCUUGAAUAUCUCGAUGGAUACUAGCUCACGCGAGAUCCAGGAGAUUUGCUGGAAUCACAAGGGUCCUGUAGCAAAAUACGAUCAUCGCGAAAAUGGGCUGCAGAGGUUCAGAUUAGCAGGUUCAACGAAUCGGGGAAACUCUGUCGAUGCUUUGUUUGAAGAUCGGAUGCAGGUGCUUUUUUUCUUUGGAUGUCACGGCGAUCAACUGUCUCUCAUACCUCUUGAUUUCUAUGUCAUUGGAUGGAUGAGCACCACUCCCUACGCCGCCAUUCAUAACCCCAAGCCGUUCUAUGACAUUCAGUUCCAUCCAGAGAUAUGCAGUCAGAAAGGCUGUGUGAUUGGCGCGGUCAGCGGAGGUGUCGACAGAACCGUCGCAGCCAAGUUAAUACUUGAGGCAAUCGGCGACAGGUAUUUGGGGGUCAAACUGACCGUAGUGGAUACUUCUGAGCUCUUCCUCUCCCGACUUGAUGACCAUACUUUCAUCCUCGUCUUCGAGACAGAAGCGGCGAAGACCGAGGAAGCUGCUGAGAAGGAAGAGAAUGGAGCGAAGGAAAAGGGCAAGAUCGAAUGGCUAUUGCAAGGAACCCUAUACCCAGAUGUCAUCGAGAACAUUAACUUUGAGGGCCCUAGCGCGAUCAUAAAGACGCACCACGAUGUCGGUGGACUUCUCAAGGCCAUGAAAUUGAAGUUGAUCGAACUUUUACACGAGCUCUUCAAAGGUCUGAUGAAGUCCGCGCACUCGAGACUCCUGUUGAUAUUGGCACCUUCAGUCCCUUUUCCAAGUCCUGGUCUGACUAUUCGGAUUUUUGGUCUCGUCACACGCGAACAAGUGAAGAUCUUGCAACAAGCGGAUCAUAUCUAUAUCGAGGACCAGGCCAUGGCUGCUGGCAUGAUGGGGGACAAGCGCACAUACGAACAGGUAAUUACUCUCAGACCGCCGGUGACGUUGAAAGACUUCAUGACUGCGGAUUGGUAUGCGUUCCCUCCCGAAGUCUCACAUCGGGUAUUGUCCCGCAUCACAAACGAACCUUCUACUGUACGUCAUGUCGCUUCGUUUCACCAGAGUCAAGAUUGA